UCGACUCAUAUUUAAGCUGACAAAGUUAAGCGUUAACCACAAAAUUUACAAAAACAAGUCAAAAUAAGAUCAGUGGUUUGUGUCUUUUGUUUGUACAAAUUCACACAAAGCCGCAUGAACUUUGCGCAGUUGAUUGCCGUGUUUACUUAUGAUUAACGAACGAGUGUGCGGUUUGAAGCUCAACUGGGUUUAAUUAGAAUGUCUAGUGGUUCGUACAUAAGAAACGGGUAGAAAUUUCAAGUGCACUCGGUUGAUAACGCGAUCACACGAUAAAUACACGCCCCUUGCCGCGCAGUCACCGCGUUAUAAAAGUAGGCGAAGAGUGGAAGUGCGGCGUACUUGUUUGCAACCCACCGCGGAACACACCCAGUAAUUACACCAGUUGUCUAGCAACAAGUGAUAAACGUGAUAAGUGAGAACAGCUGUUAAUUGGGCGACAAUCAUCAAGAUGGCUAAUAAAAACUUCACUGGUCGUUUGUCAAUGGGCGGUGACACCCAUCAGGUGCCCCUUGAGCUCUUCGCAUUAAAUCGAAAACGUCUUGUCGACCGCCUACGUGCCGGAAACGGAAAGUCCAUUGUCGUCCUGCAGGGCGGUGACGAAGUGCCGUUCUACGACACGGACACCACCUACCAUGUCUUCCGACAGGAGUCGUAUUUUAUGUGGACUUUUGGUGUCUUGGAAGCGGGCUGUUUUGGCGCUGUGGACAUUGCCACCGGAAAGUCUUACCUUUUUGUGCCGAAACUUCCGGCGUCUUAUGCUGUCUGGAUGGGUCCUUUGUUGACUCUUGAUGAUUUCAAGAAAAGAUACCAAGUUGAUGUUGUUAACUAUGUUGAUGACAUUGCCAAAGUUUUGGGAGAACUUGCACCAACAUCGCUGUUGACUCUGAAAGGUGUAAACAGUGAUAGUGGAUUGACAGCCAAGGAAGCCGAGUUUCCAGGAAUCGAGAACUUUAAAGUCGACAAUGUUUCCCUGUUUUAUCACAUUGCUGAUUUGCGCGUAAUUAAGACUGAUUACGAAACGGAAGUGAUGAAGUAUGUCACUAAAGUGUCUUCCCAAGCCCACAGGAAAGUUAUGCGUAUGGCCAAGCCGGGUAAAAGCGAGUACCAAUGCGAAUCAACUUUCUUGCAUCAUUGCUAUUCUUCCGGAGGAUGCCGUUUCGUUUCCUACACUUGUAUUUGUGGAUCCGGGAAUAAUGGUGCUGUUCUGCACUAUGGUCAUGCUGGAUGCCCAAAUGAUAAGUUCAUCAAAGAGGGCGAAACUUGUCUGUUUGAUAUGGGAGGAAACUAUUUUGGAUAUGCUGCGGAUAUUACUUGCACCUUCCCGACUAGUGGAAAGUUUACCCCAGAUCAAAAGAUGAUCUACAACGUGGUGUACGAUGCUAACAUGGCCGUUUUCAACGCAUGCAAACCGGGCGUCUCUUGGGUUGACAUGCAUCAUCUUGCUUUAAGGAAGAUUCUUGAAGGCUUGAAAGCCGGAGGUGUACUUAAGGGUGAAGUUGAUGAUAUGGUAAAGGUGAACUUGGGGCCCAUAUUCCAACCGCAUGGUCUGGGUCAUUUGAUUGGUAUGGAUGUCCAUGAUGUAGGAGGUUAUCUGCCAUCAGAACCGCCGAGGCCGAAAGGACGCGGUGAAGACCGUUUGAGAACUGCGCGUAUCCUACAGAAGGGAAUGUGGUUGACCAUUGAGCCUGGGUGCUACUUUAUUGAUCCUUUAUUGGAUGAAGCAUUGGCUAAUCCUGAGAUGGCCAAGUUUAUCAAUAAGGACCAACUGGAGAGGUUCCGUGGUACUGGUGGAGUGCGUAUUGAGGAUGAUGUUUUGAUUACUGAAAAUGGAUGUGUCAACUGGACUAAAGUUCCAAGAACUGUCCAAGAAAUUGAAGAUUGGAUUGCCGGUGUUGAUGAUGAUUCCAAAUACGAUUGAAUGAAUUUACAACAUUUUGACGCUGUUAUUGAUAUCAUUUUUGUUUAUUUUGUUAAAAGUUGUAAAAAGAGCAUUAUAUAAUUACAUAUUAUUAUCCUGUUUUCUUGUUGCUACUCUAUAUAUUGAGAAAUUGAGUAUGUGAUGGGUAUAUAUUCUACAUCCUUGAAUAAAAUUGUAAUUUUAUAUUUUUAACAAUAAA